AUGGAUAAAAACGUUUUAUCAAAACCUAUACCCGGCAUCUAUUCGACUUCAUUAAUCAAUGUCGAUCGUAAUAAUGUAACAACAAUGUAUCAUCCAUUAAGACAACAAUUAGAUCCUAAUAAAUUAACUGUUGAUUCUUCAGCAUCAUAUAAUUAUCGAUCACGUGCUAAUUCAAAUAUAAUUGAAAGACGUUUUUCAAAUGUUGAACAACCAACACAGACGCUUGAACGUGUGUGUAAUGGACAACAACGUUCACGAAAUCCAAUUCCUGGAGCGGUAUCAGAAUUUCGUCGCCCUUUAUCCAGUAAAAAUAGUGAUGAUAAUAUUAGUUCGGUUCCUAAUGAUACAAAUGAACAAAUUGAUAUUGCCGAAGAAAUUGAUGUUGCCGAACAAAUUGAUACUGUUGAACCAAUUAUGGUUGAUAAUACUCCAGGUUAUGCAAAAGAUGAAGAACAAUAUCGAUAUUGUCGACGUUCAUCAGUUCAAUUUCUUGAUAAAAAGCUCGUUCAAUCAUUAUCAAGUGCAGUGACGUCAACUGUGAUAGCGGAUGAUGAUUCUAAUGCUGCAGCUAGUGUCUCAGAAGCAGAGUGUGAGUUCUAG